AGGCCAUCUUGAUUUAGACCUUUCUCCAGACUUAAUCUCCAGACAAAAUGGCUUCUUCUACUGCUAAGGCUCAAUCUGCAAAGAAAUCCGCUCUUAAGGGUGCUAACUCUUCCAAGGCUGUCAAGGUCAGAACCUCCACUACCUUCAGACUUCCAAAGACCUUGAAGUUGGCAAGAUCUCCAAAGUACACCAAGUCUGUUCCACACUACAACAGAUUGGACUCAUACAAGGUCAUUCAACAACCAAUCACAUCCGAAACCGCAACCAAGAAGGUUGAAGACAGCAACACUUUGGUUUUCCAAGUUGACAUCAAGUCCAACAAGUACCAAAUCAAGCAAGCCGUCAAGGAAUUGUACGAAGUUGAGGUUGCUAAGGUCAACACUUUGAUCAGACCAAACGGUACCAAGAAGGCUUACGUCAGAUUGACUGCUGACUACGAUGCUUUAGACAUUGCUAACAAGAUCGGUUACAUCUAAUGGUGUAUAUAAAUAGAUAAAAUCAUUUGUAUAUCAAACUUAUUUAACUGGGUUUAAUUAUUUGCUUAAUAACACUAUUCUUG